AUGGCGUCGAACACCUUCAAACUCGUCGAAGAGGACUUCAAGUGCUACUAUGACUUCAAGCCCGGGAUACGGUUCAUCGACAUGAUGCCCGUUAUGGGUGACGCCCGCAAGUUACGUGAGACCGUAAAGUCCAUGGCUGCCGGCAUCAGGGAGAGGCACCCAGAAGGUGUCGACUACAUAGCAGCCAUGGAGCUUCUCGGUGUGCCCUUUGGAGCGCCUCUAGCUUACGAGCUUGGAUGCGGGCUGGUGGUCAUCCGCAAACCAGGCAAGCUGCCGGGGCCAGUGUACACCACGCACUCGAAGAAGGUAUACGACGAAACGGAUUUGCACCUUCAGAAGGACGCUUUUCCAGAGGGCGCAAAGGUCAUCCUGGUUGAUGACCUAAUAUACAACGGAGGUACCCUGGCGGCUGCAUGCAGGCUUUUGCAGAUGGGCGGAGCCAAGAUUCUGGAAUGCGACGUCAUCGUAGAUCUCCCAUUUCUUAACGGCAGGGAAACCAUUCAAAAGGAGUUCCCCGGCGUGAACGUGUACGGUGUCAUGGAGUUUUCUCCUCCAAAGAAUUUAGAAUAA